AUGUACGGGGACGGAUGCCAGUUCCGAUGUGAAUGUGAUAACUCCUCUUGUAACCCUUUAAUUGGUUGUCGAGCCACCAUAACUGCUUUGCAGGACGAUAGAGUUCUAACGAUUCAGUAUGAAUUAUCCUCUAUUUUUUCUACACCACCUACAGCGGAAAGUAAAAUUAAAGUCAUAAGAAAUACUGCUAAAAGCUUAGAUAUGACAGUGAAUAAACGACCAACAACUCAGUAUCAUCAUUCAAGGAACGGAAUCUACCAUACGUAUUUUCUUCAAGCCAACACAAUCAAAAUACCAAAGACAAAAGAAAAAGACAGAGGCACAUUAACUGUCGGUGCAGACAGCCCAUUAUUAAUAGGAAUCUUUGCAUUUAAUGCCUUCUUUGUCAUCAUAGUGUUUACUGUUGUAUUGUAUUGUGGUUGCCGUAAAUAUAAGAAGUUCAGAAAACGCAAGAAAGAUAAUUCCGCCACUGUUAUUCAUUACCAUGAAAUCGAUGACAAUAUCGCUGGACCAAGUAUUGAUUACGAUCCUUUGUACACAACAGGUGUGACAGAAAAGCCACAAGCUACGGAGAUGAAAAACUUCCUCGUUGAGUAUGAAAAUGAACCUUUAAACAGGGAGAAAAAGAGUUUUAUAAACACUGAUUCCCAAAAGAGACGCUCAGAGACAUCUCCAAAACAACUAGCACGUCCGAGUGAGCUAGUAUCAGAACAAACGAAUAUGUUUGAAGGAUACAAUGCUGGAGAGAAAAGUUGUAAAGAUAAUGAUGCAUAUAUUUAUACACCUGUUUGUAAAAAGGCAAAUGUCAGAUUUUAA